GCCGGGCCGACUCAGAGCGCGAAACAUGGCGGGGCUGGGCGCUUUCGCCGGCUACGGCUCUGACUACGAUUUCUACGAAAACGAGGAUGACAACAGCGUGUUCAAGGAGGCUGUUGAGGUGUUCGAGAAGCUAAAGCGCCUAAAGUGCCCCUUCCUUGAGGGUCUGUACAUCAGUGAGCCAAAAACAAUCUAUGAGCUGCUGUGUCAGCCUUCCAAAUACCGGCUGGAGAUCCUAGAGUGGAUGUGUACAAGGGCCUGUCCUUCCUUGCAGGACAAGUUCAACUAUGUGAAGGGUGUCACAGUGCAGGUGAAGAUCCAAGAAAUGGUGAAACUAGGCUAUGAGCUGAUGCUGUGUGCGCCAGAUGACCAUGACCUUCUCUGGGGCUCUGCCUGUGCUCAGAAGCAGCUGCACUUCAUGGACCAAUUGCUGGACAUAGUGCAGAGCCUGGACGCCGGGUACUCUAGGGGCUCAAGCCCAAAGGAGAACCUGGAGCAUACUGUGGAGAAGAAUGAGGCAUUGCUGGGGGAGAUGUUCUCCUCCCCAAAUCUGCCAGCGCUUCUGAGCCCGGAGUGUGACCCGUGGCCCAUGGACAUGCAGCCUGUUCUUGACCAGCAGAGUGACGACUGGCAAAUGGAUAGCCCCACUGACAAGUCUGACGAGGAGAAGGUGGCUGAGCUGGCCAGGCAGCUGCAGGAGAGCGCGGCCAAGCUGCAGGCAAUGAAGGGAGAGCAGCACAAACCAGGGGCCGCUGUGAGCGCGGCUAUUGCCAGCACCGUAGACCAGAAGCUACGCCUGGUUGUCUCUGACUUCUACCAGCUCAUCUUGGCCUUCCUCCAAGUCUAUGAUGAUGAGCUGGGUGAGUGCUGCCAGCGCCCUCAGCCGGACCUGCACUCAUGCGGACCCAUCAUCAAAGCCGUGUAUCAGAGUCUCAUUUCCUGCAACCAGCUGCUGAAAGCGGUUGUGGAGGUUACCGAUGCCACUGAGCAAGCUGUGGCGACAGUGAAGAAGCAGGAGGGUCAACAGACCACUUGGGGCACCAGCAGCUCCGUGAUGAGCUUAGUCAACAAAAUGGACGAACUAAUUCAGAAAUACAAAGUCUACAACGAUAUCCUGUACAAAGGCGCAAUAUAGGGUGGGAACAAAACCCUGAAGCCGAUAGAGAAGCGGUAAUGAUCCCAUGUGCUUCUCCACUUGCCUGCAGAAAAAAAGAAGUCUCAGGCUCUUAAUAAACUGCCUU